CAUGACCUGGACACGGUCUGUUGAAUUUGUUAGGCUGUAUUCAGAGGCACUUAAGGCCAUGGUCACUUUAGCUAAGUUUAUCCUGUGGUCAGUCUAGCCAUCUCGUGGCCAGCUAUUUACACCUGGUCAUCAAGGUCAAAUCCUGAAAGUUUCAUUACGUGUGGAAGACAUCAGACAGGUUAACGAGAAAUGGACACAAACUUUUGACUGCAUGUUUCCGGACGUAUAAGCAUCACCGUGACCAGUAUAUCUAUCGACUAGGUAGGAAGUCGGAAUUCUUGUUACUGGUUGUCAGAGCAUGACGUCAUAGUACUGCCGCCAUGGAAACGUACCAUAUUCUAACUGUGUUAAUAAUAGCAUGUUGUUGUGAUUCAAUUCUUGGAGCUACAAAGGAGUUUGAAGUCACGUGGUAUGAUGGCAGAGAUCACGUGUUUCGUUACAACCGUACAAACUAUGGAGACUGUUUGUUCACGUCGAACCCGGAUGUACUGAAGUGUAUGGGGAGUUACACAUACAAGUCAAUCACGGCCGUGUGGAAAUAUGACCCGGAUGAAAUUCGCUACGUCUCCGUUAGGUGUCAGCAGCAAGAGUAUUUCGCGGAUCACCGUCACGUGUGCAUAUGUAAAAAUGGCACGGGUGCUGCCAACCCCGCGUCGUCAAGGCAACAUGACCGAUUCUACUUUUGUCAGGUGACAAAACUCUCCGCGAAUACAUUCAGCGAUCUGACAAAUUUAGAAACCCUGGACUUAUCCGAUAACUCCAUAACUAAGGUCGAAGGCGAGUCCUUAAGGGGCAUAUCUGACCUCAAGUUCCUAGAUAUCGGACGGAACCCUUUAGAGGCACUUCCAGACGGGUUGCUAUGUGACGUCCCUUCUCUGGAAGUGUUGUCAUUGGAGAACACCAGACUGACGUCAUUUCCGGCGUACGUGUUUGACUGUGGGAAGACGUUCUCCAACCUUACCUAUAUAGAUUUAAGUGAUGGCGUGAUUGCUUCUAUAGCAGCUGACUCUCUAAAGAAUCUUAACAAUCUCAAAUCGCUCAACUUAAGCUGUAAUUUAUUGUCUCAGAUUCCAUCACGAACAUUCGCGACAUCAAAAAAUUUGGAAUAUCUGGAUCUUUCGCGUAACGAAUUCAUUUCCUUCCCGGUUGGAGUUUGUGAACACGCCAGCUCUCUGAAGCAUUUCAGACUCAACGAGAAUCAUUUUAAAAUUCUAAACAUGACAAAUUUACAGGAGUGUUCCAAUGUUACAUAUUUAGAUUUCUCAUCAAAUCAGAUUCGGAAAAUGAUUGGGACUGUCAACAGGAUGAUGGCCGUGGAGAAUCUCAAUUUGUCUCAUAACUUUAUUCGAAAUAUCGGCGACAAUUUCUUCACAAAUUUUGUGAAACUUUCGGUUUUAAAUUUGGCUAAAAACGAAAUCGGGACAAUAUCCCAGAAUGCAUUUCGAGGACUUCCUUCUUUAAAGUCACUGAACCUAUCCGGAAACAAGAUCGCUGAUACCUCGGCCUUGUCGCUGGUGUUUCGUCAUUUAGAAAACCUCACGGAACUGUCGUUAACUGGGAACUCGCUUCAUAGUUUACCAGACGGCAUAUUUGAAUCUAUGGUCAAACUAAAGACAUUGGAUCUAUCCCAGAAUUCCCUGAAGUCCCUGACAAGUCAGGCAUUUAGAGGACUGGUGUUUUUGACCAACCUCCGUUUAUCUUCUAACAUGAUCAUAGAUCUUCCGGCCACCAUCUUUCAGAAUCUUCGACUAUUGAAUACUUUAGAUUUAUCUAACAAUCUUCUACUCCAUUUUGACGACAUUUUGCUUUCGGAUAUGACCUUGACCUUUAAUCUCAGUAACAAUAAACUGAUGAACUUUCCAAAUUCAUUCAGCCAUGCAAAUGUUUCCACGCUUGACCUUCACAGGAAUAGCAUUGUAACGCUGAGCAGUAUGUCGAUGACGUUUUUACACUCCAUUAAAUAUCUCGAUCUUAGCCAUAACCAAAUAUCUUUGAUACAGGACGGUGCAUUUGAAGGAUUAACAAAUUUAGAAGCGUUGAAUUUAACACAUAAUCAACUUGUUUUGAAUUUAAAUUUGGAUGUAUUUAGAGGAGCGAGAAAGCUACUCGACCUUGACCUUUCACAUAACAACUUGACCAGUGUUGAUUUCAUGUUUUCACACAGCACUUUGGACGUGGUCAAGACUUUACGGCUUGACCACAACCCAAUAGACACCGUGACUGAUAUGACCAACAAGGCCGUAAACACGUCCAGUCCGACACUGGAAAAGCUCGUGCUGUCAUACUGCAGAAUCAGAAACAUCUCGAAAUAUGCUUUCAAAGGUCUUUGGAAUCUCGGAAAUAUCGACCUGUCUAAUAAUCUGGUCCAGGAAAUGGAUCCACUGGAAACGAAAGUCGGGACACAGUUUAAUCUUCUCGGUAAUCCUCUAAUUUGCACGUGCGUUAUGAAAUGGCUGGCUGAGCCUUACGUCACAGUAGACGGUAACAUGAUACACACGCACGAUUACAACGUCGAUACGUGUGAAGUGUUUCCGAAAGGUUACAACGUAUCACUUCGAAAGGUUCCGAAGGACGACUUCCUGUGUAGAGAGGAGACUGGAUGUGAUUCGAACUGCGAAUGUUUCUCACGUGAUAGGUAUGGACCAAUCGUGACCAUGGAUUGCUCAGAUUUAGACAAGCCAAUGGCCAACAUACCGAUCUCCGUUAUUGAUCUUUAUCUGGACGGGAAUAACUUCUUUAUCAUUAGUACCACUUUGGGGGGUGAGACUUCGUUACAAGUGGAGAACCUCUAUCUCAACAUUAGCGGUAUACGUGAGAUAUCUGUCAAUGUGUUCACGAAUUUAAAAUUGUUAAAAAUAUUAGAUUUGUCAAACAAUAGAAUAUCCGAUAUUUUACCACUUACAUUUCAAUAUCAAAGUGAAUUACAACAUCUAAAUUUGUCAAAUAACUUUCUCACCACUCUCGUUCCUCACACAUUUAAAGGUUUGGAUGAAUUACGUAGUUUGGAUUUAACCAGCAACGAGUUCCUCAUACUGGAUGCUAUGUCAACAGCCGAACUAUCGCGAUUUCAAAACGCAUUCUAUGUUUUACUUGGUAAAAACCCCUACUCCUGCACAUGCGCAAACUCAAACUUCCGGCAAUGGCUGAUUGUGUAUUCAAAUCGUGUCCACGACAAAAAGGAUAUCCGCUGUGAUACAAAUGGAAAGGAAUUAAAAUUGCUAUCUGACGAAACCUUCAAAUGUUUAGGUUCGGAAAACGCUUCCGGUAGUGGAAGGUCGGCUGUAAUAAUUGCUGUCAUAGUAACCAUUGUUAUAUUGGUGGUUCUGGGAGCCGCCAUGUUUUAUUACAAACGUGAUUUGCUGGCAGUGUUGUUUACUAAGUUACAUAUCGGCUGUCUGAGACCGGAAUCAGAUAGCUCUAAACAAAGCGACGCUUUCAUUGUCUACAACACCAACGAUUCCAAGUGUAACGAGUGGGUCAGACUCAUGUUUAUGCAGAAACUCGGUAGGAAGCGCAACUACAAGUUCAUCUUCCCUGACCGAGUACAGUUACUUCAAAGUGUGCACGUGGCGGACUCUGAGAGCCAGCAGCCGUAUGACUGUAAGUGUGCUGUGUUUGUGGUGAGCUACAGUUUUAUGAACAGUAACUGGGCAGCGGAGUGUUUCCGAAAAGCUUGGAAUUAUUCACAAGAUAACAAAAAGUUUCGAGUUUUAUUGGUUAUAUAUGGAGAUAUCGACGUCGGUUCACUCCUACCGGAAAUGAACCAGAUGCUUCGGAAGGGGGAUUAUAUCACGGCAAGGUCAAGGGCAGUGUGGGAUAGACUAAUUUACGAACUUCCGGAUCCGCAAGGCGGAAGUGGGAAUCACCAUGACGAUGACGUUUCGGAAUCUGACGUCAUUCUUUACAACGCACAAAAAUACCAGACACUUGAUGACACUGACAUAGUCCUGGGAACGUGAUACUAUUUUUAGAAUUGUAUCGUCUGUGUGUGACAACAUUUACAAAUCAGCAAAAACCCGCUUCCGUUUUUCUAGUGAUUGAUAUAAAUAUUUGUUUAAACCAUAUUUUGUAUUUCUUGAAUCAGUUUGUUCAUUAUAUUUAUAACAUGCAUCUUAUGGGAUCGGGGCCCUGGCAAAUCAACGACAAGAUAUUCUUUUUAAAUAAAAAGAAUACACUUGUAUGUAUAGAAAUACGAUUUUACAGAAAACAUUACGGAACGAAUUAAUCUUCAGUGGAAUACACACAACUUGAAAAGACUAUCAACUUAUAAUGAGUCAGCGUGGCCUCACGCUAAAUAUACUUACAUUUAUGUACAAUUGUAAGAUAAAGAUAUCUUAUCAUAAA